AAAACUGAAGAAAUUUCAAAGCGUCCAUAAGGAAGUAUUGCCAAUACAAUAAAACCGGGCAUUACUUUAAGUAAAACGUAACAAUUCCUAUUUCGUAUGGCGCCGGUUCUCCCCUUUUGUGCCGCUACUCACCCAAAGCUCCGCGCAUGUCUACUAAUCCGAAGAUGCGCGGAAAAAGGCUCAAGGCGGCAUCGCGCGGGCCGCGCAGGUAGGCGGGGUUAACUUUCUAAAUCCCGCCUCCACAGUUAUGGGACUCGCCACAGACAUCGUCUUGCAGUUAGCCGCCGUGGCGCCAGGGGGGUUCUCGCUCUCUUUGUAGCAAUGAUCUGGCACCUUUACAUCCAGCAAUAAACAACAGCGAGCAGCUCUCUCCCGCCCUCCUUCGCAGUAGUCAGCUUGAUAAAGAAAUAUAAAAAAAAAACAAUAAACAAAAUAAGGGAUAGAGAGAAGGGCCGAGCAGCUAAGUGGCCGCCGGCGCGGAGAGCUCCAAAUCGCACCCCGAUGAAGGCGUUGCGCCCGGACUGACCUCAGGAGAUGGGCCUGCUCAACAUUACAGACCAGCCUCCCCUGGUCCAGGCUAUUUUUAACCGGAACACAGAAGAAGUUCGUUCUUUGUUGCACAUGAAGGAAGAUGUCAAUGCACUGGACCAAGAGAGACGGACGCCUUUGCAUGCUGCUGCUUUCCUGGGUGAUGUUCAGAUUAUGGACCUCCUCAUCAAUUCAGGUGCUAAUGUUAAUGCCAAGGACCAUGCUUGGUUGACUCCUCUUCAUCGGGCUGCGGCCUCACGUAAUGAAAGGGCGGUUCAUCUCCUGCUUAAGCAGUCUGUCGAAGUCAAUGCCCGGGACAAACACUGGCAGACACCGCUUCAUGUGGCUGCUGCCAACCGAGCCACCAAAUGUGCAGAAGCGCUUAUCCCACAUCUCAGCAGUAUCAAUGUUGCAGACCGGACCGGCAGGACUGCCUUGCACCAUGCAGUGCAUAGCGGCCACGUGGAGAUGGUGAAUUUGCUGCUCAACAAAGGGGCCAAUUUGAAUGUGUCUGACAAGAAGGAGCGUCGGCCAAUCCACUGGGCAGCAUUUCUAGGGCACCUAGAAGCAGUCAAGCUGUUGGUGGCCCGCAGUUCUGAUGCCAUGUGUAAGGACAGGCGUGGCUACACCCCUUUGCAUGCUGCAGCCUCCAAUGGACAGAUUGAGGUGGUUAAAUACCUGCUGAGAUUGGGAGUUGAGAUUGAUGAACCCAAUGUGUUUGGGAAUACAGCACUGCACAUAGCCUGCUACACAGGACAGGAGGCAGUGGCCAAUGAACUGGUCAAUCAUGGCGCUAACGUCAACCAGCCCAAUGAGCGGGGCUGCACCCCACUACACUUUGCCGCUGUCUCUACAAAUGGGGCCCUAUGCCUAGAGCUGCUGGUCAACAAUGGAGCCGACGUUAACAUUCAGAAUAAAGAAGGGAAAAGCCCUUUGCACAUGGCUGCUAUUCAUGGGCGUUUCACUCGAUCCCAAAUCCUGAUUCAAAAUGGGGGGGAAAUCGACUGCACGGAUAAAUAUGGCAAUACACCUCUUCAUGUUGCUGCUAAAUAUGGCCACGAACUGCUGAUCAGCACCCUGAUGACUAAUGGAGCUGACACAGCAAGGCGUGGAAUCCAUGGGAUGUUCCCUCUGCACUUGGCCGUGCUUUACGGGUUUUCAGACUGUUGUCGCAAGUUACUCUCCUCAGGUCAGUUGUAUAGUAUUGUCUCGUCUUUGAGUAACGAGCAUGUGCUCUCAGCUGGAUUUGAUAUAAACACCCCAGACAACCUCGGGAGGACCUGCUUGCAUGCUGCUGCUUCAGGCGGAAAUGUUGAAUGUCUUAACUUACUAUUGAGCAGUGGUGCUGACUUGACAAAGAAGGACAAGUUUGGAAGGACUCCUUUGCACUAUGCGGCUGCUAAUGGCAACUAUAGGUGUACAGUGACCUUGGUGAGUGAGGGCGCUGGGGUUAAUGAGACUGACAGCAAAGGCUGUACCCCUCUGCACUAUGCUGCUGCCUCUGACACAUACCGGAGGACUGAUAAGCCACAAUCUGCAAGCCAGGAGAACGAUGAUGAAAUGAUGAAGGAAUCAAGACGGAAAGAAACAUUUUUCUGCCUAGAGUAUCUUCUGGACAAUGGUGCAGAUCCCUCCAUUCGAGACAGGCAGGGCUACAGUGCUUUGCACUAUGCAGCCGCUUAUGGCAACAAGCAAAACCUUGAACUGCUUUUGGAAAUUUCUUUUAACUGCCUGGAAGAUGUGGAGAGUACAAUUCCAGUCAGCCCUUUGCACUUAGCUGCCUAUAAUGGUCACUGUGAAGCCCUGCGUGUGCUCUCUGAAACGCUGGUUAACCUGGAUGUGCGGGACGCUUUAGGGCGCAGUGCUCUGUACAUCGCAGCAGAGAGGGGCCAUGCACAAUGUGUGGAAGUGCUAGUCAACCACGGAGCAAGUUGUGUAGUUAAGGAAAGGAGACACAAGUGGACGCCUCUGCAUGUGGCAGCAGCCAGCGGCCACUCUGACUGCCUGCAUUUUCUGAUUGACAGUGGAGAAAAGACGGACAUUGCAGAUGUCAUGGAUGCACAAGGACAGAGCCCUCUGAUGCUGGCUGUGCUGGGCAAUCAUGUGGACUGUGUCCAUCUCCUCCUGGAAAAGGGUGCUACUGCCGAUGCUGGAGAUAAGAGAGGGAGGACUGCACUUCAUAGAGGGGCAGCAAUGGGUAGUGAGGAGUGUGUGUCGGCACUUUUGGACCAUGAUGCCUAUCCUUUGUGUCGGGACUUUAAGGGCCGCACACCCCUGCACUUUGCAGCUGCCAACAACCAUGUAAACAUUCUGGGCAACCUGCUGCAAGCUGCUUUCAACACAGACCCUCUGGACUCCACACUGGACUACAGUGGGUACACUCCCUCUCACUGGGCCGCUUAUCAAGGGCAUGAAGACUGUUUGGAGGUUUUACUUGAACACAAACCAUUUAGUAUCGAGGAAGGAAACUCUUUCACUCCAUUGCACUGUGCUCUAAUAAAUGGUCAUGAUGCUGCCGCUGAACUGCUGUUGGAGGCUGUUGGCACACAACUUGUAAACAGCAGAGAUGCCAAAGGAAGGACCCCACUACACGCUGCUGUCUUUGCAGACAACAUCCAUGGCCUGCAGCUUCUGCUUGGCCAUGGGGCCGAUGUAAACAUUGUUGAUGAAUCUGGAAGAUCUGCCCUCAUGAUGGCAGCUGAUUCCGGACAAACAGAAGCUGUAGAACUUUUGUUACGUCAGGCAAAAGCUGAUUUGACACUGCUGGACAUCAACAAGAACACUGCUCUGCAUCUGGCCUGUAGCAAGGGUCAUGAGGUGUGUGCCUUGUUGAUUCUUGGGGAGACAUGCGAUCCAGCCCUCAUCAAUGCAACUAACAGUGCACUGCAAAUGCCCCUGCAUAUCGCAGCUAGGAAUGGGCUGGCUACAGUGGUCCAGGCAUUGCUGAACCGCGGUGCUACAGUACUGGCAGUAGACGAAGAAGGUCACACCCCAGCUCUGGCCUGCGCCCCUAACAAGGAUGUAGCAGACUGCCUGGCUCUCAUCCUCUCCACCAUGAAGCCUUUUCCUCCCAAAGAUGCAGUGGGGUCCCCAUUCGGCCUCAACCUGCUGAAGAACUGCGGGAUCGCAGCUACGUGCAGCCCCUUGCCCAAUGGGAACAUCCACCACACCUAUGGCAAGGACCACCAUGCCACCAUCGGGUUGGAUGGCUGCUUUUCUGAGUGACCGCUGAGGCUGGAGGUGUUGGGAGGGGAGUAGUUGGCAUUGCCAGGCUUGAAGAUCACACUUUGGGUGAUUCCUUAAUAACCUUUAAAAAAAAAAAAUUUAAAAAAAGUGUGCAUAUGUAGACAUCAAGGUACACCACAUGUAGUUGUGUACAGGUAAUACAGUCAGAUCAUCUGUUGUCCAUCCCCUGUAUCGACUCAAAUAAGACAGGUGGAAAAGGGGAAUUUGGAACAGCUGUUCUGUACUGUGUAGGGCUCUCGGCAUAAACCUGCAGGAAGGAACGUACAGAAAACACUAGUUCAUCUUUUCCUUUGCCAUAUACAUUGAGUAGCAUUAGCACUGGCAUUUCGGAAGAGAUAAGCUAAUAAGGGAGUGGCAGAUUCUGGCAUGUGAAAUAGUGGCUUUUCUGCAUGUUCCAUGUUCGGCUGGAGGUAGACUAGAGGGCAGCAGUAAUGAGUUUGACAGGGAUCAUCAACCCCCUUUCUCAGCUGAACCCACCCCUCUACGCUUCUUUCAGUUCAAUAAGCCUAGGCUGCUGUAAAAAGAACAAUGCUGGACACUAACAGAAAGACAAAGCAGAGCAGGUCACCAAGGCUUAAUUUAUUUUUUAUUUAUUGUAAAGAAAAAUUUUUAGUCUUGUUUUCCCACUGGGUCAGGACCAGUUCACUUAAACAAAAAACAGACACUGCUGACACAUGACCAACUGGAAGGAGGAAAUAGGGCUGUGGGUGCCAGGAUGAAGUGCUUACUGGUAUACUUUUUGGGUCCAUUGUUGCCUGCUAGUAGAGGCUUGAAUUGCACAUGUAAUAUUAGCUCUUACUUUUUACCUGAAUUUUCAGUUUAUUUUUCCACACUGAUUGCUCACUGGAUUAUUUGCAGUGAUUUGGAGCACAAGUAUUUUUCACCCUUCCACCCCACCUUCUUCCUGGAAAGCACUCUCAACACCCUACUUCCUUAGAAAAUAUGUUUAGAAUCUGAUACGCAGUUCUUUAUUUAUUUCUUUUGUGAAAAUGACCAAAUAUUGCUGUUUUUGCUUUGAUUUAGAGAGCUGCUCCAAAUACCUCCUUUCCAGUCGCCUAGGACACUGAAUAUGUGACCUAUAGUCUGUAGAGAAAAUGUGACCUUAAUUGGUUUCCCAUGAGAUACAAAUAACACUGUCCUUUUCAGCUAGACCAGACAACUCAAAUUGAUAAAUACCAAGAUGAGCAUUAGCUGCUGAAUUAUGUGUCACUUCAGGGUUGUUUAAUACAAUAUAAAUACACGUAUAUUGGUCACUCUCCAGUUAACACGAAGCUGGCAAAUGGCUUCUACACUUUCAAAAGAGCUCUGCCAUACUGUAUUCAGUGCCAGGCAAGUUUUAAUAUGCAUUAUGUUGCAUUUUGCUGACAUCGUCUUUGCUCAGUUUUGUUGGUCAGUGGUGAGAAGAGGCACUUGAUACCUUUUGUAUUCCUUGGUAAUUUUUCCCCACUAGGGAUCUCCUCCAAAUUGUCACCUAUAAUUUCCCAUCAUUGAUGGACCUUGUACAUUUGUGGGCAGCUGUCAUGCACUUUUUUUGUCCUGCUUGACCUCUUUUUGCACUUGCUGGAGAUUUGAGAUUUGUUCCCCCUCCCCAACCAAAAUAACCCACUUUCCUCUGAGCUUCCUGACGUAUAGACAAUCUGUCUGCACUUGUUUGCACUAAGAGACUGAAAUGAAAUGCAAUUGUUAGCUUAUCGGCAAAAUCUAUAGCCAAACCUUUGAGAAGUCACUCAAAUGGAGUAUGCCGCAUGUAGCCCUGUUGUUUGCACCUCUCCCUGACCUUACUCGAGUGACGUGGAUGAAAAAGUGGUAUCAUUUUAAUCAUGGCGCAGGGGAUGGCGGGGGUAGUCGCCUUCAUCUGCUUAGUUGGCAUCGUUUAUUAAUUUUGCCAGUUACCUCACUCCCCUCUUCAGUGGAUGGAAUUGCCCUUUCUUUUUGAAUGUUGUUUACAUAGCUAGCUUAUGAAAUUGAUAAAAAUGCAACUAAAAUCAAAGUGAAUUAAUUGUGAAAAAAUGUGAUAAUUUUAAAGUGCAAUAAAUGAAAUAUGAUAAGGUUUAGUAAAUACACAAGCUUGAAAGGGUGCAAGUACAAGUGAAAUCGGAAGAACUAAUGUGACAGGCUGUAAAUGCCAAUUUAUGCACCAUCAAGACAAAAGGAAACUAUUCAAUUAAAUAAAAUGAUUUAACAUGCAAUAAGCAUAGACUAAAAUGGUGUUUGAACACACCAUGUGCAAUCUGAAGGAGUUGAAAUAUUUGUAAUAUUGUAACACCACGGAAAUGUAAAUAUAUGUGAGAAAUAUUGAUACACCUAGAGUGUAAAUACGGCAGAGUUUGAAAGGAGAAGAACGGACUUACAUGACAGUAUAUCCGAAUGUAAAAUAUUGCUGUCUUUUUUUUCUAAAUAACGCUUCCCCCCCCCCCCACGUGGAUUGGUGGACAGUUUGCCACUCCUGUCUUGCCGCCUUCUAUCCUGCCGAUUUUAUUUGUUGUUUUUCUGUUUGUUAAAAUCUUGGACUGCUCUUCCUCACCUGUGUCUUAAUGUCUGGAUAAAUAGUAAUAGUGUAGCACUAGAUAAGUCUUGUGUAUUGUAGUGUGUAGGAAAGAAUAUUAUACUCUCCAAAUAACCACUUUUUUAUAUAUAUAUAUA